GAUUCAGUGAAGAUUGUAAUCUCAUUUUUCUUGAAGUACUAGCAUCGUUCCAUCAUUUCUAAUCCACCAUGAAGAACCUUACGGAAGUGUUGUGCAAAUUCUACGACGAGUACACGCUCAAAACUCCCAAGAAACUGAAAAUCGUCGACGCGUACUUGCUGUACAUUUUGCUGACCGGCAUCACACAGUUUGUUUACUGUUGCCUCGUUGGAACAUUCCCAUUUAAUUCAUUUCUGGCUGGCUUUAUCAGCACGGUUAGCUGUUUCGUGCUGGGAGUCUGUCUUCGCCUCCAGUCGAACCCUCAGAACAAGGAACAAUUUCUGGGUAUCUCUCCCGAGCGUGGAUUCGCGGACUUCGUGUUUGCUCACAUAAUUUUGCAUUUAGUUGUAAUCAAUUUCAUUGGUUGAAGUGUUCUGCAUAAAGCAGAGAUAGGUGUUUUAAGAUGUAAAAAUACGCACGUAUGGCUUGGAAAUACAACGCGAACGAGCAAGAAUGAACAACCUCUAAACAGCGGCUUUUCUAUGCGUUUCAUCCUACAGCAUGCAAAUAUUCAUAAAAGGCACAACUUCAUGUUAUAAAAUUGUCUAACGCUACAGCCGUUUAGCGUUCUAGGUCUAUAACACCAAAAGCCCCCAAUCAUUAAUCUUGCAUGCACGGUUAGGAUAG